CUUCUUCUUCUUCUAACACGCCUACCGUUUCCAUUUCCCUAACCUCCGAUCCUCUGUUUUCUACUCUCCUCUCUUUCUUCGCUCUCACUCUCCUCUACUUCCCUCGCCUUCUAUGGAGAAUCCUGUUCUCUCCGAUUUUCCUCCUCACCGGAUUCCUCUUGCUCUCUCUCCUUCGCCUCGGUGCAACUCAGAGAUCGUUUCUUCGCCAAACCAACGACAACAACUAUCAAAUUGAAUACGAAGAAUCUGCCGAGAAGGACGCCGCAGUACAAUCGGAGAGUUCCACCGCCGUAUCGGAGUCCGUAAGUGGAGGAUCAAAAUGUGCCGAUUCUGUUUCGUGCGCGUGCUUCGAGGAAUCUUUCGUACAGUGGAACGUGAGGGCGCCGUUGGAGGUUAUUUACGAGGAGUACGAAGGGGAAGAUCACGAUAAGGAAGCAUCGAACGAGAGCGAUCCAGAACCUCGACAGGUACGCAUCGGACUGGAGAGGUAUCCAUCGCUGUCGCUGUACUAUCCGGAAACGGACUCCGACAGCUCGUCGGAGGACAAUUUCCCAACGACUGGAGAUUGGGACUCGCUUGACGAUAACUUGUGUUUGAUGUGGGAUGAGGAUGAAGACAGAGAUGAACUCAUCGAGAUUGCGUUGGAUAAGACGAACAAGAAGGCAUCGGAAUUUCUGCUGGAGGAGGACAAUUUGAUCGAGAUCGAGAUUGAUAUUUCUCCAACAAGAAAGUCCGAUGAGUUUCCCCACGAAAAAUGAGGCUUCCCUGGAGAUUUCAGAUUCUUUCUUUCUCGCACGUGACUGCCAUGCGCACAUUUCCCCAUCCCAACCAUGUCUACCAUGCAAACGGCUGUCUGGUAUCUAAUAAUCACAAUUAUUAACAUUAAUAUAAGAUCAAAUACUUACUAAUAUGUAUCAAAUAUUAGAUAUAUUAUAAGAUUUACCGAUUGUAUAGACUAUGUAAACCAUACAUAUCCUUUCAUUUAUGUCACAAAC